CCGGGGAAAGGGAAAACCAGAGAGUGGGAAUCGCGCACAAAUCAUCGAAUAUCCACCAGUUUUCGGGUCUCUCACAAAACAACGAACCCGGAAAGGCACAAUCGGAGAACGAGGAAAUCAGCCGGAGCGGCUUGUCGGGAAAAAAGUUGCAGAGAGCUUGGAAUAUGGGUGGAAGGGGUCGGCGAAGACCGAGCAACGGCGGCAGGAGCGAUCCGAGGAACAACAAGAGUGGUGGUGGUAGCAGUGGGAGGAGAUCCAAUUCGUCUUCUCGGACCGGGAACUCCCUCUUCGUUGAUGGUGGCGCCUUAGAUGAUUGGCAAGAAAGGACCCCUGGAUCGAAUUCGAGGUCUGGUUCCAGAACUAGGAAUCACAAGCGAAACAAGGAACCCUCAAUCUCUAACAGUGGAAUCCCUCAGUCACCGGGAAAUGCUUUUGGUUUUAGCUAUCCAACCGUUGAGCAACAGGAGGGACAUAAUACGGGCAAUACCUUCGAUGCAACACAUCCUAUUGUGUUGUUUAACUCCAACAAGACCCAGAUUGUUGCUUAUUUAGAUGAAACACCUUCUUCAGAGCCCCAGACUGAGAAUGUCUCAUAUGAUUAUGGUUCCAGUUUUAGUUUCACUGAUGGUUUGCAUAGAGGUCUUGGGUUCCAUGAUGAGUCAGAAGAAACUCCCGGUGGUGUCGGGUCAUCAUCGAAGGAAACUGUAGGCAAAGAACAAGAAGGAUCACCUUUUGAUUCAUCACCCUCCGACAUAGAAAUGAAUGCUAACACAGAUACCGAAGAUCCCGUUGAAUCACACUCUAAGGGGGAAAAUCCAGCAUUUUUGUCAGUUGCAGGAAUGAGAUUGUACACCCAGGAUAUCUCCGAUGAGGAAGGUGAUGAAGAAGUGGAUGCUUUCCAGUCAUGUGAUGAUGAAAGCUCUGAAUCUGAACAAGAGCAAUCAGAAUUGUCUGGAAGUGAUGAUUCCGAGGAGAACAGCUCAGACAGUGACCUGGAUAUUGAUGAUGAGGUGGCACAGGAUUACUUGGAAGGAAUUGGUGGCAGCCGCAGUGUUGUGGAUACGAAAUGGUUGGUGGAAAAUGAUUUGGAUGAUUCAGAAGAAGAUGAUAGCUCUUCUUCUAGUGGAGGAUUUGAUGCUAUUGUGGAAAAGUUGGGUGGGAUUGCCCUUCAAGAAGCUUCAAUGGGAUAUGGUAAGAUGACACCACAGUCGAGGAAAAAGAUUCCUACUAGUGGUAGAGGCUCAUGGUCGUCCGGCUUGGAUGACAUCAUGUUUGUGAAAGAUCCCAGGAUUCGGUCUGUUAAGAAGCAUGUUACACCACUGCCUCAGUCCUGGCCAGCUACUCAGAAGAGUAAACGCUUCAGAAACUACCCAGGUGAAAAGAAGAAACAUCGUAAAGAAAUGAUUGCUGUGAAACGCCGUGACAGAAUGCUGAACCGAGGGGUCGACUUGGAACAAAUCAAUACGAAAUUGGAGCAGAUAGUGUUGAAUCAAGUGGAUAUAUUUUCCUUCCCGCCUAUGCAUUCGAAGGAUUGUUCACAGGUAAAACGGUUAGCAUCAAUUUACCGCCUUCGUAGUGGUUCCCAGGGUUCUGGCAAGAAAAGUUUUGUCACAGUCAUGCGAACUCAGUAUACAUCCAUGCCAUUGGCGAAUGAUCGAGUCCACCUUGAGAAGCUGAUAGGUGCUGGCAAUGAAGAUGAAGAUUUUGCCAUCAUUGAAGGGAAGUCCGCAGCUGGUGCAGAUAGGAGAAUAACCAAGAACAAAACCACUCCUGAUCUUCAGGGAAGCCGAACCAAAUCAUCCAGAAAGUCAACUAAGAAGGCUGGUACGAACGUGGCUUAUGCCAGUCAACCCGUGUCAUUCAUUUCAAGCGGAGUAAUACAAACCGAGGAGGAGAACGCCUCAAAGAACACAACAUCCAUGGAUGAGAAGGUUGUGGCGGUCACCAGCUCAGCAAAGGUCGGUGCUUUUGAGGUGCACACCAAAGGGUUUGGAUCGAAGAUGCUUGCGAAAAUGGGGUACAUAGAAGGAGAAGGCCUGGGGAAAGAUCGUCAAGGUAUGGCUGCACCAAUUGAAGUGAUUCAAAGACCGAAAUCUCUAGGACUCGGCGUCCAAUUCUCCGACACCGACAUCAACCCCACCAGCAAACCCGAACGUCCAAGUAGAGCCCGACGUCCAGCAACACAUGAGAAGCAUCGUCCUAAGCCACAGAGUCUUGGAGACUUUGAGAAGCAUACCAAAGGGUUUGGAUCGAAGAUGAUGGCUAGAAUGGGGUUUGUCGAAGGAAGUGGCUUGGGGAGAGAUUCUCAGGGCAUGGUUAACCCUUUGGUUGCAGUUAGGCGCCCGAGAGCUCGAGGAUUGGGUGCCGAAGUCGUUUCACGAUCUGGGUCUCCCAGAUCUGACGCGCAUCGCAUUGAAAUCGGGAAAAAGAUGGAUUCUUUCGCUCGUUUAAAGAUCUGGGGUUUUGCCCUUUUGCUGAUUCUCCAAUUGGGAGAUGGGUUCUAUCUCCCCGGAAGCUACCCUCACAAGUACGGCGUCGGCGAUUCUCUGUCGGUCAAAGUGAACUCCAUCACUUCAAUUGAAACAGAGAUGCCGUUCAGCUACUACAGCUUGCCCUUCUGCAGACCUACGGAGGGCGUCAAGGAUAGCGCUGAGAAUCUGGGGGAGAUUCUGAUGGGAGAUAGAAUCGAGAACUCGCCAUACAAGUUCAAGAUGUUCACCAACGAGACCGAGAUCUUCCUCUGUCAGACGAAGCCCUUGUCCGCCGACGAGUUCAAGCUUAUGAAGGAGAGGAUCGACGAGAUGUACCAGGUGAAUUUGAUCCUUGAUAAUUUGCCUGCAAUUAGGUAUACUAAGAAGGAAUCGUUUAUGGUGAGGUGGACUGGUUACCCUGUUGGGAUCAAAGUUCAGGAUGCUUAUUACCUCUUCAACCAUUUGAAGUUCACUGUUCUUGUUCACAAGUAUGAGGAAGCCAACAUGGCUCGUGUGAUGGGAACUGGAGAUGCAGCUGAGAUGAUUCCCACUGGUGGAACUCCGGGAUCAGAGACCCCGGGUUACAUGGUUGUAGGGUUUGAGGUUGUUCCAUGUAACUUUGUCCACAAUGCCAAGUCUUUGAAGGAUGUGCAGAUGUAUGGUAAAUACAAGUCUCCGAUCAAGUGCGAUCCUACAACCGUAGCCCUCCCGAUCAAGGAGAAUGAGCCGAUUGUUUUCACCUAUGAGGUUACAUUCCAGGAGAGUGAUAUCAAAUGGCCUUCAAGAUGGGAUGCUUAUCUCAAAAUGGAAGGUUCGAAGGUCCAUUGGUUCUCAAUCAUGAAUUCUAUGAUGGUGAUCACAUUCCUGGCCGGUAUUGUCCUUGUAAUCUUCUUGAGAACUGUGAGGCGUGAUCUCACCCGUUAUGAGGAGCUCGACAAGGAAGCUCAAGCUCAGAUGAACGAGGAGCUGUCCGGGUGGAAACUGGUGGUGGGUGAUGUUUUCCGUGCCCCGACAAACUCGGCACUUCUAUGUGUUAUGGUGGGGAAUGGAGUUCAGAUCCUGGGAAUGGCUGUUGUCACUGUCUUGUUUGCUGCUCUAGGGUUCAUGUCACCAGCUUCUCGUGGUACCCUCUUAACCGGUAUGCUAGUCUUCUUCAUGAUCCUUGGUAUUGCAGCAGGAUAUGCAGCUGUUCGACUGUGGAGAACAAUGGGAUGUGGUGAUGGUAAAGGAUGGGCUUCAGUUUCCUGGAAAGUUGCCUGCUUUUUCCCAGGGAUCGCAUUUGUGAUCCUAACGACUCUCAACUUCCUUCUGUGGGGUAGUCACAGUACCGGCGCAAUCCCAUUCUCUCUCUUCGUCGUCCUCAUCCUUCUCUGGUUCUGCAUCUCUGUUCCGCUAACCCUGAUUGGUGGGUACUUCGGAGCAAGGGCACCCCACAUCGAGUACCCAGUUCGCACCAACCAGAUCCCAAGAGAAAUCCCAGCUCAAAAGUACCCGUCUUGGCUCCUAGUUCUCGGUGCUGGAACCCUACCUUUCGGCACCCUCUUCAUCGAGCUCUUCUUCAUCAUGUCGAGCAUCUGGAUGGGCCGAGUCUACUACGUGUUCGGGUUCCUCUUGAUCGUGUUCAUCCUUCUGGUUGUGGUUUGUGCCGAGGUGUCAAUUGUCUUGACCUACAUGCACCUGUGCGUGGAGGACUGGAAGUGGUGGUGGAAAUCUUUCUUCGCUUCUGGCUCGGUCGCUAUCUACAUUUUCUUGUACUCCAUAAACUACCUGAUAUUCGACCUCAAGAGCUUGAGUGGACCAGUUUCUGCAACUCUUUACCUGGGCUACUCAUUGCUGAUGGUUCUGGCAAUCAUGUUGGCUACUGGCACAGUCGGGUUCCUGUCGUCGUUCUGGUUCGUGCAUUACUUGUUCUCGUCAGUUAAGCUGGAUUGACCGGCUUGUGCAGCGAUGUUUUCAUCAUCCAGAGGUGAAGAUCAGAAGAUGCAUCAGCAGCUCUUUACAACAGUAGUAGUCUACUGCGGUUUCUUCUCUCUUUGUUGACCUUUUGUCGUAUGAGUUCCCUUCUAUUUUGUUUUGCUUUUGGUAGGGAAGAGUAAGUAACAAUGUAGUAGGAAUAAAUUUUCGCGUAAUUCUUUUUUUUUUCUUCUUUUCUUCUUCCUGUUUUGGUUUGUCCUUAGGUGACUCUCAUGGCGUGUUACAGAGUUUUCAUGUUACACAUAGUUGGGCAAAUCAUAACCCCAGUAUGUACUGAACAAUUACCCGAUUCCAGAGAAAUCAGGAUUACUUCAACAACUAGUAUACCUUUAGCUCAUCAUAAAUCAUGGCGACA